AUGGAUGAGCAUGAGUCUAAUAGUAGUCCUCCUCCAAGUAAAGAUCAUGAAACUGAAAAUGUGUGUAAUGAGUCUGAGAAUGUUGAUGCGGUUGAAGAGGAUAUGGAUGAUAGUGUAAAACUUAGAGAAUCCUCUAGUAGUAAGAAAACUGAGAAGUCAAGAACUUCUGAUAUAUGGAAAUAUUUUACAAGGAUUGGGGCUGGACUAAAAGCUCUUGGUGAUUCAUUAGAUCAUAUUAGGGAGAGCAUAAAGUAUGUAAAGGGUUCUGAAAGUAGGAUGAUGAAGUUUAAACAAUGCAUUGAAAAAUUAGGGGACAUUGAUGCAAAAACUGCUUUGUGUAUGGAUGUUCCUACAAGGUGGAACUCUACUUCUUUUAUGCUUGAAAGUGCCCUCAAAUAUAAACGAGUGUUUGGAAGUUUGCACUUGGUUGAUGAGAAUUAUAAGUAUUGUCUGUGUGAUGAGAAAUGGAAAAGAGUGAAAAAAAUCUGUGUUUUCUUAAUGCCCUUUUAUGAGAUCACAAAUAUGAUUUCUGCCACAUGCUACCCUACAUCAAACUUGUACUUUUUACAAGUGUGGACCAUCCAAACCCAUUUACUGGAAAGCUUAAAAGAUGAAGAAGAAGUUAUCAUAGAUAUGGCUGAAAGGAUGUUGGUAAAGUUUGAUAAAUACUGGGAUGAAUAUAGCACUAUCCUUGCAUUUGGGGCAAUUUUAGACCCAAGGAUGAAGUUGGAAACAUUGGGCUAUUGCUUUUAG